UAGUAUGUGUGGAAGUAACGAGUGGAACGAGUGUAAACAAUCCGGAAAACACUUGGCACACACUCCGUCCACUUAACCGGGGUGAUAUUUCAUUUUUUUUAUCAAACAAACGUUUGUUCCAAAGCAUCCGGAUUCUGAACAACGCCUAAAUAAGCGCGAGUUUUCUGUUGGUUUUAUGCAAUUCUACAGAAGAGCGAACACAAACAAGCCUAUUAGCCCCAUGCACUGAUAACAAUCGCGCUACCGCAUAGUAGGCCGGUGCUUUGAUCAAAGCGUAUCGACCAUGGCCAAUCCGGGAACCCGACCCGUCGUGCUGGUUACUAAUAAGGAAGCACCACCGAAGGGGAUCAAUAAGUUGAAGAUAAAAUGUGAUGUUAUUUUCCCACGGAAUCAUCCUGCCUCGAGGGAGGAAAUCUUGGAGCUUGCCGGCCAGGUUGACGGUAUCAUGUGGGUCGGCCAUAUGGCAUUGAAUGCCGAGGUGCUAGAUCGGGGCGGAUCGCGCCUGAAAGCGAUCUCCACCAUGUCGGCCGGCAUGGACUACGUGGACACGGAGGAGUUUAAGCGGCGCAAGUUCCCGCUCGGUUACACACCGAUCGUGCUGAACGAUGCUGUUGCUGAUUCGGCCAUCGGGCUUAUGAUUGCCGCUGGUCGGCGUUUCCACGAGGGUCGGUUGGCUAUCGAUCAGUCGCAGUGGAAUGGAGGCCCUCAGUGGAUGCUCGGUCAGGACAUCAAGGGCAGCACGGUGGGGAUCAUUGGAAUGGGCGGGAUUGGACAAACGAUUGCGCGCCGCCUUAAGGGGUUCGAGAUCGGGCAGCUUCUGUAUUCGGGUCGUCGGCCGAAACCCGAAGCCGAAGCACUCGGUGCAAAGAUGGUUCCACAGGAUGAACUACUGCAGGAAAGUGACUAUAUCUUCAUCGCUGUCCCGCUAACAAACGAAACGUUCCACAUGAUCAACGCGGGUGCGCUCAGUAAAAUGAAACGCACCGCGGUGCUGGUUAACGUCGCCCGGGGGGACAUCGUCGAUCAGAAGGCGCUCGUUGCGGCGCUCAAGAAUGGCACUAUUUUCGCAGCCGGCCUAGAUGUGAUGACCCCGGAGCCACUUCCGGCAGAUGAUGAGCUACUGACUCUUCCCAAUGCAGUUGUCAUCCCUCACCUCGGCUCGGCUACUAUACAAACCAGAAACAAUAUGGCUGAGAUCGCUGCUCUGAAUGUGCUUGCCGGAAUCGCUGGAUCUCCGAUGUUUUCUCCUUAUCCUUAUUAAUUUAUUUUAUAUUUUUUUAAAAAGAAUGGCAACAUUAUUUGCACCGUUUUUAUGGCAAUAAAACAUCCAUCCUAGUUGAUUAGUUAAGAAAGAUU